UUCAACCCGCUUCCAGUGCGCUCUGCACAAUGUGAAAAAGAGUCAGAAUUGUUAGGCACGAGGAGUUCGUGAAAUUUCACUUGAUGAAAGCAAUGGAAGAAAACAACCAAUUCUGCGCUCGUACAAUACGAAAUAAUGGAAUGCAAAAAAAAAUGUGUUUCUUAGGUUGAAAUAGAAAACUUUUGUAAGCAUGAAACAGAAUACUUAAAAUGAAGGGAAUGUUCCUUUUGUGGAAGUUAUUGUGUUUUACUUGCAUUCUUGCACUGGUUCGGCCAGUACCUGAAAAGAUUCCUAUUGGUGCUAUUUUUACUCCAGGUACAGAAGAACAACAAUCAGUUUUUAAAUACCUAAUCCAUCUGCAUAAUACCAAUGAUUCUCAAGCCCGAUUUAAAGUAGAACCUGUUGUAGAAGUCCUUGAUAGCCCAGAUGCAUUUAAAAUGGCUAGAGCUUUGUGCUCUCAGCUCCAUAGAGGAAUCUUCACUCUGUUAUCUUCAACUUCAGAUGCAACGUAUGAAACCUUAGCAGCAUAUACAAAUGCCUUUCAUUUGCCAUUUUUAAGUCCUUCACUUCCUCAAGUCAACUAUGACAGGCCUAUGCAAUAUGGUAUUAGCAUGAAACCUCAGUACCUCAAAGCCAUUUUAGAUAUUAUCAAAUACUAUCAAUGGAAAUCAAUCAUUUAUCUUUAUGAUUCCGACGAUGGCCUUCUGAAACUUCAACACAUUUUUGAGUUGACCACCGAUGAUUACAAUUUGGAUGUACGGACUGUAAAGAGAAUUUCCAACGCUACAGAAGCUAAUUCGUUUCUUAGAGAGGUGGAAGCAUCGGAUCCUGAAAGCAGAAAAUAUGUAGUUCUCGAUUGCAAUGCUGAAAAUGGAAAGACAAUUAUUGUGAAGCACGUCCAUGAUAUUUACAUGGGAAGAAGAAAUUAUCAUUUUCUCCUGACCAGUCUGGUGAUGGAUGAGUAUUGGAAAAGUGACGUCCAAGAAUUUGGAGCUGUUAAUAUUACCGGCUUCCGCUUAAUUCAAUCCCAAAGUCCCGAAACUAUGCAGUUUCUUAGCAUAUGGAAAACAUUAAAUUCUUCACGCUGGCCUGGAGCUGGUAUUGAACGUAUUUCGGCAGCAGUGGCCUUAACCUAUGAUGGUACAAAAGUUAUUUUAGACGCAUAUAGCAGACUUCUUAAGAAAAGACCAGAUAUCUUUAGAAAUAAUUUUCGUAGAGGAGAGGUAUAUAAUAAUGGAACUAAAGGAAUCGACUGUAGAAAACUUCCCGUUAUCCCAUGGGAGCAUGGUGAUAAAAUUACUAAUUAUAUUAGAAAGACAGAUAUUCGCGGCAUUACAGGAAAUAUCAGCUUUGAUGAUCGUGGUUAUCGAAAGAAUUUUACAGUUGAUGUCAUUGAAAUGACGAUGAACACUGAUAUGACAAAGAUAGCCACUUGGUCUGACAUUUCCGGUUUGAUGUUGUUCCCUCCAAAAUACAAACGAAUCAAAGUAUCCGUCGGCAUGGAAAAUAAAACGUAUAUUGUUACUAGCAUAUUGGAAGAACCUUAUUUGAUGUACAAAAAAGCAGAACCUGGUGACAUCCUAGAGGGAAACGACGUUUUUGAAGGUUAUUGUAAAGAUUUAGCUGAUUUAAUCGCGGAAAAUCUCAAAAUUAAUUACGUAUUGAAGUUAGUUAAUGACUCUGCCUAUGGUGGGCAAGAUCCCAACUCACCAGUAGGCUGGAAUGGUAUGGUGGGGGAACUCAUACGCAAAGAAGCCGAUAUUGCCAUAGCCCCGUUGACCAUCACCUCAGCGAGGGAAAGGGUUAUUGACUUCACGAAACCAUUCAUGUCUCUGGGGAUCAGUAUCAUGAUAAAGAAGCCCAUGAAGAAGAAACCGGGAGUCUUUUCCUUUAUGAACCCUCUUUCCGAGGAAAUCUGGAUGUGCAUCAUAUUUGCUUAUGUUGGCGUUUCGGUCGUACUUUUUUUAGUCAGUCGCUUUUCUCUUCAAGAAUGGAAAUAUGUGGAGCAGUUCAUGGGACAGAAUACUUCAAAUGAUUUUUCUCUCUACAACAGUUUGUGGUUUUCACUCGGGGCCUUCAUGCAACAAGGUUGUGAUAUUUGUCCCAGAUCUAUAGCUGGACGCAUUGUAGGGAGUGUUUGGUGGUUCUUCACUCUAAUAAUCAUAUCAUCGUACACAGCUAAUCUGGCAGCUUUUCUGACAGUUGAGAGGAUGGUUACGCCCAUAAACUCUGCGGACGACCUGGCCAAACAAACAGAAGUCGAAUACGGGACUCUGAUGUAUUCCUCGACUCAGGAAUUCUUCAGGAGAUCAAAAAUAAGUGUUUACUCCCGUAUGUGGGAUUUCAUGAAUUCCCGGAAGCAUGUAUUUGUACAAUCAUAUGAAGAAGGAAUACGGAGAGUCCGGGAGUCCAAAGGGAAAUACGCUUUCCUUAUAGAGUCCACAAAAAACGACUAUAUCAACGAAAGACAACCCUGCGAUACAAUGAAAGUGGGUCGGAAUUUGGAUGCCAAAGGCUACGGCGUAGCUACUCCUUUAGGAUCGAAUAUAAGGGAUCUUUUGAAUCUGGCUGUACUGUCAAUGAAAGAAAAAGGCGAUUUAGCUCGUCUUGAAAACAAAUGGUGGUACGACAGAAGUGAAUGUAAAAAUGGAGACAGCAAGGAGUCUACACAAAACGAAUUAACUUUGAGCAAUGUUGCAGGAUGCUUUUACAUCCUUAUAGGUGGAUUAAUCCUAGCCAUGCUAGUCGCAUUGAUGGAGUUCUGCUACAAAGCUCGAAUUGAAGCCAGACGAUCAAAAAUGAGCUUGCUUGAUGCCAUGAAAUCAAAAGUUCGAAUGUCGAUCACUGGAGAGCCAAACGGAGAAAACGGGAGGGUACGGACAGGCUCUGUUUAAACGUUCCAUCAAGUGUAACCCUGAGAGAUGAAGGAGCAACUACAUCUCAAUGAGCUUCCUCAAGAUGGAAGAAAGUAGAAUCAGCGACAGAUGCAUCGUUCGUCCAACUGAUGCAUAGGAAGUCUUAACCAAGCCUCGAGGAUCGAGUGGAGUUAGAAAAAGCAGUUUAAGAACUUCUAGUUGAUACAUCAAAAAAAUAUCAGUUUUGUUGUAAUGAAAAGUUUCUACAGAAAAGAAAAAUAGCAAAGAGAGUAGAGUAUCAAGAUAGCAAAAUGUAGAAUUAUUUUAAAAAUUUUAAUAUUUAGCGCAAGUAUUUUAUCUAAAGAAGUUAUAGUCCAAUCUUGAAUUCUUCGUUUUCUUGUUGCUAAAUGAAUACAUCAUUAUAUACAAAUAUAUAUACUGGAAAACAAAACAUUGUAUUACUGGUUGUUAAGUGAUUAUUUAAUUCUAUAUUUAUAUAAUGUUAGCUGUCUACUUCCAAGUUUAUGUAAAAAUAUUGGCCUCUGUAGUGAAAGUAAUCCUUCCAUGGGCUAAGGAUAUUUUAGUUUACAUUUAUUUCUCAUUGAUUUUAAUAAAGAGAAUAUACAGAAGGAUUUCAAUUGAACAAGAAGUGCCGAGGAAUCACCUGGGGCAAAAUAGAAGCUGUAUCAAAACAUAAUUUGGCUCACAUAUUCUCUUGUUCGAUGUCAGAUGGAAAAAAAUUACUCAUCAUUUGGAUGAUAGUAGAAAAUGGCACUACGGUAAUUCUUGCCAGUGAUCUGCCUAAAAUUAGAGGAAUUUGACAUUGUUUAUACAUAUAAUAAGAGUAUAAAGCAAUUUUCCUAUGAUUUUAAAAUGUCCUGACCUAAAUUUCUCAACAGAAAGUCAAAGGCAUUUAGGCAGGUAAUAGAUUUGGAUCGAAGUCUCUUACUAUUACAAACCUUCCGUCUUUUGACGAAACAUUUAAUAAUGAUAUUUUUAAUUCAAAAAGGAAAUAUUUUAUUAACAAAUAUCUGUUUCAUCAUGUUGAAAGUUGAAAAUAAAGUUUUACUCUUAUAUAUAAUUUCUGGACAAAAAUAUCCCAAGCUUGAUAUAUUACGGUUGUUUCCAAAAAUGUUUCCCUUUCAGGUCCAUUUCAAGAUUUGAUGAAAGAGAAAAUUAAUUCAAAAAUAUUUUUGUAAUUCAAAAUGGAUUUUAAGAGACAGGAUUUAGUUGAAAAUCGCUAUCAAAAAGGUCACUGUCAAAUAUUAUAAACUACAAUUGAUCUGGAAGACUUGACACUAAACUUUAAUAAAACACAAAACCUGCGCAAAUUGUAAAUGAAAUCAAUUUUACGCUGGCACCUAUUUUUAAAUUUCCUUCAUUCCACAAUUAUUCCUUUAUUAAUUCAGAGUCUAUUUUUAGCAACUCCAUGCAUAUAAAUAUAUAUUAUAAAAUAAGAUAUUAAAUUAAGAUAUUUUGUAAUUGGAUAAAACAUCCAUGUAAAUUCUACCUGUAAAUGUAUAAAAACUGUUAUAUUCUGCGGCCCAUGGAAGGAUGAAAAACCUUCUCUAAGAUAUCUAUAUCAUGUUAAUCAAGAUAUAGAAAUUCUUCACUAUAUUAAAUGUAGAUAGCAUUCUACAAAUGACAAUCUAUGGAAAAUUCAAAGUUUGUAUAUAAUAUGUUCUUUAAGAAGUAGAUUUUAGAUUCUUAAGCUUUCUCAAACUGCUUUUAGUCUCUAAUUAUAUAGUGAGGAUUUCAUUAUUUCACAAAGUAAAUUCUGAAAAGGCCGCUUUAAAUAGAUUGCCGUUAGAGAAUGUAAAAUGCAGGAUGGUAUUUACACAUCAUGGUACUAGAGCUGAAAUUAUGUCGAAAAAGUAGUUAGUGUAAAAUAGUCAUUAUUUCAAAAAAAUAGAACAAAUGCACUGGUUAAAUUAAGCAAAACAGCGAAAUAUUUAUGCAGGGGAAUGAAAUUUUAAAGGAGAGAUUUCAGCUCAUGCUUUAAUGUCAUUUUAAUUGCGAAUCUUUAUAAGAAUCUUGAAACGUUACAUCCCUUCAACAAAUAAAA